AUGGCGGGAGAAUUGCGGCGUCCUGAGCAACUACGCUUAAAGUGGGAAAACUUAAAGAAGUCGUCAAGAAAACGCAAUGCAUUGAUAAGACAAAAUAAUUUAAAGACUGGAGGUGGAAAGAUGUACAGCCCUCCCGAUGAAGCACUAGAUCGUGUAACAUCUAUGUUAGGUGCAACAUGCACGGGGUUCACUGUGGAAUUUGGUGGUGAUGGGGAAAGUGAAAUGAUUCCACCAGAUGCAGUGGUGGAACUCAUGGACUUACAACCUUUACCGGAGCAUUCAGAAGCUGUAACUAGUGAUUUGGUGAUGGGAGAUGGUGGUAGUGCUGAGUGUGGUGGUAAUAGUGAGAAAAUUUUCACACCAAAAAGAUUUACUUUUAAUAAUCCUUACAAACCCUGUAAGUUGUAG